AUGAUAUUCCCUAUCGGAAUACCUAUGCUCCGCAAAAAGCGAGAGAGUGCUCAAGAAGCUGUUUCACUGCGAGAAGCAGCCGAACGUCGAUCACAAUUCGCUCGUGUUCCAGCUCGUUCCGUCUCCGCGCCUCCCAGAAAAAAGUGGUUCCGAUCGAAACAGCAGUUAUCAGGCGCCACCGAUGGAAUGGACGGUUCAUCGCGUGCCGGAUCUCAAGAGAUUGUCUGUGACGAAUUCACCAAAAAACUCGUAGCAGCAAUCACAACGUGGCACGAUAUUCACUCGUCUUUGCUGCAGUUAUCAAUCGAGCGAUCCUCAAAUGACUCGAAUGACGAUGAAAACGUGUCUGAGUCAUCUGAAUCUUCCUGGUCGUCGGCUUCAGAUUCCGACUCUGACGAUGAUGGAAACGGAGGGAAUUCGAGCAAUCACUUAUCCGCUUCAGCUGCUCGAUUCUCAAUUUCAAACCCUGAUUUAACAAAUUGUCAAAUCAAACAGAUGUUUCCAGAAAUGGCAGAUCACUGGAGGAAGGCGUUGGCUAAAUCACCAGUUGUUCGGAGGACAGCAGCAGAUCAAGAGACCAACAAUCCAGUGAAUAAGCAUCGAAGUAGUCGGUAUUGGAUUGAGGAUGAGGGAGACUAUCAUAUUCUUCCAUCUGAACAUGUCUGGUUACCAUCGUCGACAGGAUCGUCUGCUUCUGCAGAUUCAGAAUGCUAUGUGGGCGAGAAGGAUUGUAGGCGUUCUGGAGAGAAGAGGAGAUGUGCUGCAUGCCACGUCGUUGCUCAUACAAAUUGCUUCUCGCUUUUGGCCAAGUUGAAUCUGAAUUGCAAAACGACGUUUAGAGAUUAUGCAACAAAAAAGACACCAACAAAAGAGAGCACAGAUGGAUUAACAGCACAUCAUUGGGUGCAUAAGUGGCGACAUGAAGGAAGAUGCAACACCUGUGGAAAAUCCUUCCAACAAAAAAUGUUUUUCCAAGGAAAAGAAAAGAAAGAAACAAUUGCGGUAGCAUGUUCAUGGUGCAAAGAAUCAUAUCAUCUUAAAAAUUGUUUUGCGAGGGACAAACUAGAAGAAAGAUGUAAUCGAGGAGCACUCAAAGAGAUGAUAGUCCCACCCACGUGGAUACUUCGAUUGGCCAACCGGAAAAGAAGCAGUCGAGCACCUUCUGCUCAUCCCAGAAAGCAUAAAAGAUCCCAUCGGCAGUUUGUGGUAAAACCAACCGAUCUUUGGUCCAGUGGUCCAUCUCAACCACUUUUGGUUUUUGUGAAUCCAAAAUCAGGAGGUAACAAAGGUUCAAAGGCAUUGCACACUCUUUGUUGGCUCCUGAACCCACGUCAAGUCUUUGAUAUUACUUCGUUAAAAGGUCCGAAGUUCGGUUUGGAGAUGUUUCGGAAAGUAGUCACACAGCUGAGAAUUCUUGUUUGUGGAGGAGAUGGAACUGUUGGAUGGGUGUUAUCGACCCUUGAUAAUCUCAAUUGGCCGGCUUACCCUCCAAUGGCAAUCAUGCCUUUGGGAACUGGAAAUGAUUUGGCAAGAUGUAUGGGAUGGGGAGGUGUCUUCUCAGAUGAACCGAUUAGUCAGUUGAUGCAAGCUAUUCUUCAUGAGACAAUUGUGACUCAUUUGGAUAGAUGGAGAAUUGAUGUUGAGCCGAAUACAUCGUGCAACUUGGAGGAGGAAGACGAUGGCAUGCAGUCAGCACUUCCAUUGACUGUAAUGAACAACUACUUUUCGAUUGGAGCAGAUGCUCAUGUCGCAUUGCAGUUUCAUCAUUCAAGAAGUGCCAACCCACAAAUGCUAAAUUCUCGACUAAAAAAUCGAAUUGCUUAUGGUGGUCUCGGAACCAUUGAUUUGUUCAAAAGAUCAUGGAAAGAUCUCUCGGAAUACAUUACUUUGGAAUGUGAUGGAGUAGAUGUGACAUCAAGAAUCAAAGAAUUGAAGCUUCAUUGUAUUCUCUUCCACAACAUUACUUACUACGCAGGAGGAACGAUUCCAUGGGGUGAAUCUUCUGAAUCCAAACCGAGUUGUUGCGAUGGGAAAGUUGAGGUUCUUGGAUUCACAACUGCUACGCUUGCUGCCCUCCAAAUGGGUGGAAAAGGAGAACGAAUAUCUCAAUGCUCACGAGUCAAAGUGACAACCAACAAGGCGAUUCCGAUGCAAGUAGAUGGAGAGCCAUGCCUUCUUGCUCCAUCUGUAAUCACUCUUGGAUUUCAUAGUAAAGUUCCAAUGUUGAAAAGAGAAAAGAAGACUCCAUGCACACCGAAUCUAAUGAGAAGAGGAACAAGAUAUGGGCAAAAGGAUUCACAGGUUCAAUCGACUUCAUUGAUUAUUCAAUUGCCGGUGAUUGUUGUUGGACGAGCUGAUUAUGAUACCUACAAGGACUGUUUCGAGAGACUCAAGGAUACUGCCUACGAAAUCGGAAUCGUCAAUGUAGAAUCAGAAGCUGAGCUUGAUUCAGCUCGUGUAUUGAUCCAACGUCUUCUGGUAGAGCACAACUCUCUUCCCUACGAACCCGACAAAAAUUGGAGAUUUUUGGACUACGUCUCGAAUGCUGAAGAAGGAACAUUCCGUGUUUCCCGUCAACAAGAACAUGUUCAGAGUGUCAGUGAUGUAUGUAAUACCGAUGAAUGUCUUCUGAUUCUUGACCACGCCUUCCCAUCAAUCACAGAUCGUGAAGCCGUCGAGUUGUUCCAGCCUCAACAACCAGUAUCGUCAUCGACGUCUUCUAGUACUCCACGCUACCAUAAUUCUCGCCGAAUAUCCGAAACUCUUCGAAUAGUUUUGAGUUCAGAUGCUCAAGAAACUCAUUUAUAG